CUUCACAUGGGUGUCUCAGGGGUAGCCGUGACCUUGGUGGGGGUGGUGGUGGUGAUGGUGGUUGGGGUACAGGGCCACAACACCACGAGGGAACGUCCAGGGUGGCAGCCGCGUCUUGUGGGGUCAACACCUCUGAAACACGCGGCGUUCAUUGAGGCAUACUUCUCGGAGGAUGCAAAGCUGGACUACCAGGAUCGUUGGAGCAUCUACAUCUCCACCUUUGAUCCGCUAGGGGGGACAGACGAGGUGUACCGGGUGAGGUCCCCUGGCCGCCACAUGGACAACCCCUCAGCAUGGACCGUGGAGGUGAUGGACAACUCUGCCGUCUGGCCCAACAACCCCGACCACCUGCCCAGCUCCGUGGCAGGCGCUGAGGGCGUGGUAUGGACUUCAGGCUUCCUUGUGCCCGGGAAAGGUGACGGCCAGCUGCAGAUGUACCAGACAGGGAAGGAUCCGAUGCCCCCAGCUGUGGACAUUGCCUCCUUAUCUACUAACACGUGGUCAUAUCACCGAGUGGUGUGGAAGGACAUGGAUCUGGAUGGUGACCUGGAUGCACUCACUGCUCGCUUCCACCAGCCCCUUCUUGGCUCGACCAAGAAGGAGUUAGUGUGGCUUGAGAACGAGGGACAGGGGUUCGUUGAGGGUUGGAUGCAGCACGUGAUAGCGAACGACGGGCCUGACGUGUCCUUUGCGACUGUCAAGCUGUCAGCGGGCGGGAGGGACUUUGACUGCCUCGUGAUUGGUGAGUUCUUCAAUGAGCGCACCUCGAUCUACUGGACGGAGAGUGAAGAGGGAAGCUGGGCCGAUCCUAACCUGAUAAGGUCACGAGUCAUCAACGAGGAGGCUGGCCAGGUGUUUGAUGUGCUGGUGGAUGACUUUAACAGGGACGGCACGCUGGAGUUCAUAGCCACAGAAUACAGGAAGGAUCUGGGAGUGGGUCAAGCUACCAUUUACCUGUUCCCCGAGGAUUUCAGAACCGAUGAUUUCACACAUUUCAAGAUUGCGGACAGCUUUCGGCCUAACCAGAUCCUUGGCGCCCAGACCAUGUCCCCAGGAUCCCCAAAGUCCUUCUAUCCUACGGCGGAGUUUGCGGCAGGACUAGCAGAGGACGGACUCCCCCACAAACCCUACAUCCUUCUCUCCGGAGACGAUGACGGGAGAAUGUACGUUUUGUUCCCUAAUUCUGAUGCACGAGAUGAUUGGGUGUACCAGAAGCACAUCCUCAUUGACACGGAGAAGACAACGAUCGGCAAGAUGGCGCAUGGUGAUUUCGAUGGUGACGGCUUUGAGGAUGUGGUGGUGGCAGGGUAUUCCAUAGGUCAGCUCUAUCUCUUCACCUACAGUCCCUAGAAACACCGGAGGCUCUUCCUUAACUAACCUGAUCCUA